AUUUGCAUCCUUAUUCAGUAGCAUUAACUGUAUCUGCUGCUUUUCCUUAAUACCCGUCUUUACGUUACUAAGAAACGGCACAGCUCCGUGACCUGUUAUCACUAUCCUUUGGAGAUACAAUGAGUAAUCCGAUUGGAGAUGAUGCACAAUCUGCCCAGAAUGAAGAAGAGCGUGAAGGUGAGUUGCUCUGCUUGAAGAUUAAGGACCAGUUGGAGGAUUUGUUCACCGACAGCCACCUGGCAGAGGACGGCUUCCUGCUGAAACAUGUGCAGAAGAACAAGCAGGGCUACGUCAGUCUCAAGCUGCUCACUUGUUUGAGAAAGAUAAAGGUGCUGACCACAAACUGGUACAUGACUCUAGCGGGAGCCGAGUACUCGGAGCUUCUGGAUGUGAACUGUGAAGGCACCAAAGUGAGGCGGAUAGAGCCGCUUCCCAAAUGGCUGCUGUGUUCCCCGACCAGCAAGCUCCUCCUCGUCUGGAACAUUUCUGAGGAGAGUUCAACAGGAGAAGACGCAGCGGCCCGAGGCCUCGAGCGCCCUUCCCUCUCAGAGAGGAUCCUCCAGAAGUUCAGCGCUCAUGGCAGGAGCUCUUCCUUGUGGAUCCUGCGUCCUGGCAAAGAGCUUCCCAAGGAGCUGCAGUGCUACGCCAAGCGGCACAAAGAGCUCGGCGAACAUUUGUGCGUAGUGGUGAAGUUUGAUCACUUGGAGGAAGUUCGUAAGGCCUACAACGCCCUGAAAGCAGAAGAGAAGUCUGACGGGGAAAGCAUGCGUGUGAUCCCUUUGGGAUUCCAGCCACUGCACCACAUCACCAAGGACAAACCAUUAGAGAAAAACAACAAGAUCCAACCUGAGGACACACCUUUCCAAGAAGCCUCAGAUGAUUCAGUCCAGGAGGAACACUCUGUGCUUGUUAAAGUUCCUGACGAGAGUCCAGACUCCCCGGAUAACUCCACGCGAAGAACCUUUGAGCAGAGCUCCACCAACUGGAACAGCCAGUCCUUCUCCGGGUUGAAUCAGAGGUACAGUAAGAGGAACUGGUGCUCUGGAGACUGUGAUAAAGAGGAUUCUCAGAGCCCCUGGGUGCUGAGGCGCAAAUUUGCAGCCAGUGCAUUAAACCCCAAAGUGUCUCAGCAGGUGAACGCGCACCGCUUGAUGCAAAGAGUGAUGCGCCAGCCCUUCGGCCCUGACGGCACCGUGGGCUUUCAGAGCAGAAGGGAGAGCUCAAAUUCUCCCUAG